UAGAUGGAGCUACUUGGUCCUUGUUACGAAGCCGGUAAAGAACAUAAAUUCAGAAGUCUGUUCAGCCAAUUGGUGGUGAAACGUUCCUCAUCCUCUUUCUCACACUCAGAGAUAUAACGGAACUAUAUUUGUUGAUUUGUUGCAAUUUGCAAUCGUAGAGUAAAAGAGAAUUCAAAAACAAUUAUUCUUGGAGACCAAUUAAAAUUUUUAUGAUAUAAAAUUUUUAGCCUUCUGUUAAGGUUCUAGAAAACGUUAAAAACUAUCCACUUAGAAUUCAAAAUCUUUAUCGUCCAAUUGAGUUGAACCAAAAUCGUUUGCUGUUAAUCCUUAGCAGAAGAAAAUUGAAAAUUAUUUACACAAUUUCAAAAAAAAAAAAGAUCAGAUAGGUAGGCUAAAUCAUACUGUUUGUAUUAAAAAUAAAUGGAUGUCAACGCCUUGUAAAAGCAGUUAAUUAACAAAGUCGGUUUUGGUAACACGAUCGACAGCAGGCUAGUGAGCCUACUCUUAUGGAAUAUAUACUGUCGUAUGGCUUUUUCAGUGCAAUCGAAUAUUCUUACCUCUCCUCACGUAUCUGUACAUUUGGAGCACGCGUCUUCAACAGGAUCCUCUUUCAUCGGUAAUGGCUUUUUAACCGUAAUACGAUCAAUUAUCCAGCUUAAUACACUUCAACAUCAUUAACCAUAUGAUCUUAUGACAUAAAAUAAUUCCAAGACUUCGGUUCAAAAAUUUUUUGGAUUGAACUAACUUUUUCCUGCGAUGAUUUAUCAGCUCCAAUUUGUGGUUGAUUGUGGCCAGAAGGUAUCCAAUUAUUUCAAAGUCAUUUGUAUUAUUGUUGAGUAAAUAUCAUAUGAUUAAAUCACCACUAUAAUAUAUUGAGGAAACGAAAAAAUGAUCCAGCACUAAGUUAUGAUAGUCACCGCGAUCCUACUUUUUUCUGAGGCGCGUCCGAGUAAUUGCUGCCAUUGCCGUAUUUUUCAAUAUUUCUUCGUGAAAAGUUCACAAAAUAUUCUUCGGACACCAUACUUUAAUGUAUCAUUGGUUCGAAUAAAGCGAUUUUAACGGUGUCGUUACAAAAAAUUCUCAAAAAGAUGUCGUUUUUUGUACGAAUUAACGCUACACUCCCCUUAAGAAAUAAUAACUUGAAAUGCAAGUUUUAUGUUUGUCAAUGAAAAAUAUACAGUAAAAUUAAUCAAAAUUUGGAUCUAAAAAUAUACUAUAUGUGUUAAUUUUAGAUAUGCAUUGUUAUUAUUUUUUUCAGAGAGAGUCAAUAGAAAAAUUUUUUUUAUCAAAAUGUGCGUUUUCAAUCUCACAUUGUCGAUUUCAAUUUUUAGACAACGCUCAUCUCGUAUUUUUAUGAAGUUAUUAGGUUUAUAUUUUUUGCUACAAAAGAUCCGUUUCGACUAAAUGAAAUUGUGAUUUUCGGCUAUGGAAUUAUUAAAACCAAACUAUUUGGAUCUUGAAAUUGCCUUGCUAUCGAAAUCAUAAAUACAGUCACAUUCAUUCAAAAAGGAACACAAAUAAUCGUUUUAUUGUUCAUGAUGAAUUUCGUUUCUUAUAUCUACAUGUUAAACCAUGUGCUUAAUAAUUUUGAUAGAGAAAAAUGUUCUCUAUUAUCUAAUUACAUCGACGAAUUGUAUCCGGUAUUAUAAAACCACCUGUGAAAAAUAUGGGUGUAGCCGGUUACCGAGUUUGUUGUUAAACGUCCAGCAAAAGCGGAAGGAAGAAUACAGUAAAAGGAAUAAUAACAUGUAUUCAAUAGAGCGUGCGAACUAAUACUCCAACCAUUCUCCAUGGGACAUUUAUAAUUGAAAAUAAGAAAUCCCAAUGGCGGUUAUAUUCAUGCUAAGAACCCGCAUAUUAAGAAUUUUAAAAAAAUAAAAAAUACAUUCAAUGUCUUUUUUUAGAGUGUGGGAAAAAUUACUUAAUAUAAUAUGUUAUAAGAUUUAUUAUAUCGUUAUUAUUAUUGUUUCAGGUGUUUAAAUAAAUUAAAUCAAUAAAAAUCUAAUUUGAUUCAAAACCUUAUGUAUUUUCAAAAAAAGAAAAAAAAUAAAUAAAAGAAAAUAUGAAUCUAACAAUUAUGUUAAUAAGAGGACCAUCGAAAAGAAAACUAAUAUCUAUGGUUCAUGAAUAUCAAAUUUGACAAAAAUUCAUGUUUAUGAAUAUUGUGAAGAUUCUUGAAAACUGAAUAGAACGAAAAGGAAUGUGGUAUUGUAUUCUUCAGUUGAUGUUUCACACAAUAGAUUUUAUUUGUUCGUAGUUUCCAUAACACAGAUAAUGCCCAACAAUUAUAUUUCAAAUAAUUGAUUUGAUGUAGAGAGAAAAGGGACACAUUUAACCUAUGUAGUGAAGUGUGUAAAUAAACCCUGGAAACAAUCUAGAAACGUAAACCAAAGAUUGGAAUGACAAUGGAUAUUUGGUUAUAUGCAUUGACAAAUGGAAAUUUGAUACAUAUUUAUAGAUGACCACAUUUCAAUAACAUUUGUAGGAUUUGAGACUUAACGAUAUGGCGAUCAAUAAGUCAGUUGGAAACCACAAGCAUAUGACAGAUGCUUGAUGACUAUACAUGAUACAUUGUAUAACAAUGAUUGAACUUAUUAUUUUAUUACAAUCGUUUUCAUAGAAAGAAGAGAAACAAAACGUUAGUCCGCAGCACGAGUCAGUCAACCAGCCGUGUCCGAGAGGCUAGUAAGACGGCUGUGAAAUAAAGCAAUAUAACAUGGGUAGGAACACGAGCCACGCGCCCGGAGUCUCAAACAUCUGGUGCCACCAAGACGAUGUCUGCUGGCUCCAACGAGGACACCAUAUGUCAUCAUUAAAUUCUCUUAAAACCUCUUCAUGAUUCGGUAGAUUUCCCCUACUUAUAUGAUGCCUACUACUCACAUCGUUAUAAGAGGCGUGGUUAUAAAAUAACUGCGCACGCAUCCGCACCGGCACAGGUGAACUCUGAUGAGGGAUGAGAACCUCACCAGGUAAACCAGCCACGAGGGCUCUGAGGUACUAGGGUCAGUCAAGGUCUUGCUACACAUCGGGACACUCAUAUGUUUUUCCAUUCUUCGAUUCGAAUUGCGUGUUUUGGUAGAAAUAAAACUAUAAUUAAAAAAUUUAAGAAUUCAGUCAUGAUUUAUUAAUCAAAAUACUUUUAAUUUUUGAUUAAUGUAAAAAUCAUCAUUUUAAUUCUACAUCAGUUCUAAUUUAAGAGAACUGAGUAGAUAAAUUAAUUUUGACAAAUUUUAUAACAUGUUCGUGAGACUUUAAUUAUACUUGACACUAUAUUCGAUUCUCAAUUUUUAAUAAUACUUGAAUUAUUUUCAUUAUAAAAGUUGAUAUUUAUUAUUAAAUUGAGUCGAUAAUUGUUUAUAACUAGUUAGUUCAUUUUAUGAGUGAAGUGUUCGAAACAAAUUUGAAUUUUGAGUGCGUGAAUUUGGAAAUUACUUCAAAGAUUACUCGAUGAAGGAAGAAAAGGAUUAUUGAAUGUUCUCAAAUUUCAACGUACAUUAAUACAAUGUGUGAAACAGUACCGAGAACAUGGAUGAUGAAACCAGAGAUUCAUUGUGACAAUAUGAGAGUUCCUACUGGUUCCCUAUCACCUCCUGCUACCCUGUCUCCACCAGGCAGUCCAAAUGUCUUGUCAGCAUCGCCCUGGAGUCCAGGUGGUCUUACCAGUGGCAGCAACAGUUCCUGCAACGGCAUCUCUUAUCCAUCGGCGGUCAGUCAGCUUGCACCUGACCAGCGGCUUAGUGCCUUUACCCUUGCAUCCGGUUAUACUUCUGAUCCUAGGCUGCAAAAGUUAACACAUGUACCCGGAUUAACAUCCCGUGAUAUGCGUUGUGGUUUAAUGUAUGGUGGAUACAGUACAGCUUGGUGGACCCAUCAUGCGGUAGGCCUUCUGCUACCGCAUUCCCUUUUGCCGUCCGAAAUUCCGACACAACAGACAACACCUGUAACCGAACGCUCUUCAAUGCAGCAAGAACGAACUAGUCCUGACCGAGCGAGUCCACCUAAACAAUGUUUACCUGAAAAAGCACAUUUUAUUGCCGGAAGUAUGACACGUUUUAUUGGAGAAAAUGAAGAAGAAAACGAAGAAGAAGUGCCAUUAAAUCUCAGCACAAAACCGAGUGAUAUAUCAUCUGGUAUAAAUCGAAAGUGCGAGAUUUGGUCACCCGGAGCAGUUUGUGAACGUGAAGCAAAAGAAACUUCGACACAAAAUUCACCAUCAACCACGCCAUCAAUGAUAGUACGACCAAUUAAUCUCUCACCUCUUACUUCACCUUCGAAUGAUCGCAGUUUUCAGUGUAAGCAAUGUGGAAAAGCUUUCAAACGAUCUAGUACAUUGAGUACUCACCUCUUAAUUCACUCAGAUACUAGACCUUAUCCUUGUCAAUACUGUGGCAAGCGGUUCCAUCAGAAGUCCGAUAUGAAAAAACAUACAUAUAUUCAUACUGGUGAAAAACCUCACAAGUGCGUUGUAUGCAGUAAAGCGUUUUCACAGAGCAGCAACUUAAUUACGCACAUGCGAAAGCAUACAGGAUAUAAACCUUUUCAGUGUGGCUUAUGUGAAAAAGCUUUUCAAAGAAAAGUCGAUUUGAGAAGACAUCGAGAAGGACAACACCCUGCUGCUCCUGCGUUAGAUUAUCGUUCUCUUCAAAUUCCAAAUUUAUCAAAUCAACGCUCGUAUUCACCGGUUCAUAUUCGGACAUCUAAUUACCAUACAGUUUCUAGUUUGAGCGACAGCUGAAACAAGUAUUGAGAUCACAAACCUAAAAAAAUCGGUUGAACCAAUAGAAUAUUCAUGAUAAUUUGAGGAAAAAAUUAUAUACUUUUAAUUUAUUUUCUUAACAAAAACGUACUGUAAGUACUGUAAAUCCGUCCAUUCAUUGAAAAAGAUAAAAGCUUUAUAAAUAGUUUAAAAAAUACAAAGAGCUAUAUUAAAUAAAUAUACAAGUAAAAAAAUAUAUUUAUUAUUGUAUUGAAUAGAAAUAACUAUUCGGAUGAAAAAUAUUCAGAUAUGUUCUUAGUAUUUAAUCAUGUACAAGUGCCUGUCCGUGCCUUUUUCAGUGGUCACUACAUACCUGAAAUUAAUUUAUUUUGUAAUUAUGUAUUUUAUUCAUUGUACAUAAGUGACGUAUGUGAAAUUUUUAUUUCAUGAUUUAUAUAUGGGUCAUUCUAUAUCAAUUCAACGACAUUGCGACGGUGACCCUCUUCGAAUCUUUUGAUUUUUUGAUAUGUUUUCAUACAAGUAGAAAGAAGUCUUCAGAUAAAUUUUUAGCUGUUUAUUUCCGCUCAUUCCGGAGUUAUGAAUGAAAAACUCAUUUUUUGAUUAAAAAUGGCCGAAAAAGCUUUAAAAAUUUUUUUUUCAGGAAGAGCGUUGAAAAUAAAAAAAAAUGACCCCGCAUGACGUGAGAUUAUCAUAGCUAUAGUCAAAGUUAUAUCUUUUUUAAGCAAAAAUGAUAACUCCGGAAUGGGUUGAGAUUAAGAGAUAAAAAUUCAGUUGAUGACUUCUUUUUAUAUGUAUGAAAAUAUAUUAAAAAAUCAAAAAAAUCAAAGAGGGUCACCGUCGCAAUGUUGUUGAAUUGACAUGAAAUGACUCAUAUGUAUUAGGGUGGUCUGUUUGGAACAACUAUUUAUUUUUUUUCACUCCCACUCCAAAAUAUUGUUGUAGACAUUAAAAAAAAAUUCCCUGAAAGUUUCAGCUCUCAAUUUUAAUUUAAAGUACUUUACAUUUGAUUUUAAAGUUUUCCCAUCUAAGAUACAUAGGAAAGUUAGGAUUAUUUUUUAAUUCUCUUUAGCUCUAAAUACUCUUCGAAAGGCUACUCCGUAAUAUUGCCGAGAUUCCAAUUAUUUUCUCUGUAUUGGUUCUCAAAAUAAUUUUUUUAGUAAUACUGUGGGUUUUUAGCUGAUAUUGACUAAAUAACGGAAUUUACAGUGAAAAUGGAAUUAACGAUUCUUUAGGAAAUUUGAUUCUCUACAAAAAAGGUCCUCUUAUUCAAGUUUUUCAUUCAUGAGCUAUAGGGAUUUUAUUAAUUUUAUAAAUGAAAUAUUUGUAAAAAAUUUUUCCGAAGCUUAUCAAAUUUAAUCCUUUGUAUUUUAAUUAAUGGGUUAAAUUAAUAAAAAGAAAAUUAUUUACUUAUUUAAAAUUAUAACUAAAAGGCAUUUGGUCGAAUUAUUUAAAAAACAUUUUUAACGGAAUUUUUUUUUCAAUGUCUACAACAAUAUUUUGAAGUGGGAGUGAAAAAAAAAUAGUCGUUCCAAACGGCCCAUCCUAAUAUGUGUAUAUAUACAUAUAUUUAUUUAACGUGGGUAAUGGUAUUUUAACUUAAUUAUAGUAUAAUAGUGUAACAUUAGGUUAAAAAAAUAAAUUACAUCAUGUAUCUGAACCCAAUAUUAGAUAUAAAUUUGUGAUAUAUUAUAAUGUAUCGUUAAUUAAUUAGUUAUGUAAAUGUUAUAUUUUCUAAAUCAAAUUUAGGAAUUAAUAUGCAUUAUAAUGUAAGUUCAAGAUUAGAAAACUAUGUAAGCAUUAUUGUUCGGAAUUUUCGUUUUAACUGAAUCAUUAACCCACGUUAUAUAGUCAUAUAUGUCAUAGUCCAUCAAAGCCAAAGCCGCCUAUAAUGAUGGGAAAUUAAUUUGUAAAAAUACCAAUUUAUUAUCUCAGUUUAUCAAUUGGUGAAUAUCUAAAUUACUUUGGAGUGAUAUUCUAUGAUGGGUUUUUAUAUAUUAAAAUCGUAAUUAUAUUUAAUGUUUGCUUUAUGAUAAAUAAACAAACCAACGUAAAAGAACUAAAAUAAAAAGUUUAAAAGGUGAAAAAAUAAUUAAUUUUAUUGUUAUCUUAUGUGGGUCGAUCGAUCUUUUGAUCCGUUGGAAUGACUGACAAAAAGAUUUCAUAGCGGCUAGAGGACCAAAGAUAGUUUAAAUUUAAAAUCGCCAUAACGGCAAAUCGCAUAGUUUGAUAUUUAAUUGAAUACAUUUAAUUACAAAAUAUAUGAUUAUUCUUCCAUUUUUAUUUAUUGUAUUGAAAUUAUAUAGCAAAAAUUGAUAAAUACUUGCAACAAUGUUCAAAUUUUUAAACUGUCGUACGUCUAAGAUAUUGUUAGAAUUAUACUAUCAGCAUAAGUAAACCCUGGCGGAUCCGAAUUACGGUAAAUUUUGGUAAUAUCCGUAAUUUACGGUAUUCGGAAGAAGUACGGCAUUUUUAGGUAAAAUACCUUAUUCUAUGGUAAAAUACUGCAAUUUACGGCAAAAUACUGUAUUUUACGGCACAAGUGCGGUAUUUUGACCGUAAAUUUGUAGUAAGCUAACGGAAAUUCUCCGCAAUAUUGCGGCAAGUCUGCGGUAUUUUACCGUAAAGUGAAGUAUUGCACUCUAAAAAUUUAAAAAAUAAAAAAACUUACCGUGCUUACGGUGAGAAUGCCGCAAAUUAAGACCAGUUGCCAUAUUUUACCGUAAUUAACUGUAAAAUACCAUAACUUACCGGAUGUUACCAUAAAUUAGGCAAAAUGCGGUAAAUUACUGAAAUUCGGAUUCACCGGGGAAUCAUUCAAAUGAAUGAUAAAUCUACUACAAUAAUGUCACCAAUAAUUAGUGUUUCACAACAAAUGAUUAAAAUUCAAAUCGUUCUCAUAAAUUGUCAAGGGAGGUGAAUUGGAAGCAAAGUUUUUUUAUGUAUAGUUAUAGAGAUAAUAAUUUUUUUUUUUUUAAAUAUUUUUUGAAAAAAUUUCUUCGAUAAUAUAUUUUAAAAAAGCAUUUAUAUUUUGUAUAAAUAAAAGUUAUUGAAUAAAAUUGUUGGAAUACUUGGAUUAGAUGGAGAUUAACAAUUCUUUAUAAGAUAAAGUAUUUAAGACGAAAAAAAAAUUUGUUUCUUUUCAAGCAUAGUCAUCCUUUAAAAAUGAUAAAAAUUAUUUCCUAUAAAUCUUG